AUGCUUCAUGAAAUAUCAUAUGAUCAUUCAGAGGAUUCAGCACAUGAACCUUUACCAAUAUAUUUGCAAAACGAAAUAAAAAUAUCUUUUGAAGCUUCACAAUCAACUGAAAUUCAGCAAAAUGUUACUGAACCUUCAAAUGUUGGUGACAAACUAGAAAAUGUAGAUGAUGUAGAUGCUAUAGAAUAUAUCGAAGACAUAGAGGAUUCAAAACCUGAUGAAUUUUCUGAUGCAUUAUCUGAAGCUUCUCAAGAAUCAUGA